AUGGUAUCCCCAGAAAUGUUUACAGAUGUGACUAACUCCAUGCCAACGGAUAUUUAUACAACUGAUAUUCCUGUUAUCUAUUUUAGAUACUGUCAAGUUUUCAAAGGGGAGGCGGAGUUAGCCAUCACACUGCUCCUUGUCGCACUUGCCGUAUUUACGAACUUAUUGUUUUUUUAUGUCAUUGCGCGAACUGCCACCAUUAGGACGACCCUCAUGGUCCUGUUUUGCAACUUAGAUUUGUGUGAUCUUUUGUACGCAAUCGUGAGAGCGGGUAUCCUCGGGUCUGGAUACUCUUGUGCUACAAUGAUACCGGCUGAAAUCCCGACGAAGACGUCGACUUUUACGAUCGUUGUCAUAGCAACUGAACGAUUCUAUGCAAUAUGUCAGCCGCAUCUAUACAGUAGACGCAAACUGAAUGACAAAGCCGAAAUAAGCGCGUUGGUACUCUCCACGUGGGUGCUUGGAAUAUUGAUGAGUGUCGUGCCGUUGUUAUUAAAUGGUUGCUAUAGCACCAACGACAUAUUGAAAUUGGCAACGUCUGAAUUCAUAGACGCGAUUCUAUUUGUGGCGUGCAUAGCUAUUUGUGUGGAAUUCUACAGACGGAUUUUCAAAAAAUUCAAAACUGAUAUCGUACCAGACACGUUCCCCGGCGUUUUUGAUGAAAAGGAAUUAGUAAUUUUAUGUCGGAAUGUUACUGUUUUUCAUUUUAGCAUCAUCACUAUCACCUUCAUUGCACGGCUUAUGUAUACCGUAUUAUAUAUAGCGGACUCGACGUCUGUGAAUGCUAUAUUUUGCUUGUACAAGAUACCAAAUUUACUUCUUCUGUUUGAAGCGGUUUUGAAGCCAAUCGGAUAUUUAGCAACGAAUCCUAGGCUACGACAAUCUCUGAAAGACUCUUUCAAUUUUAGCAACGAGGACAACAAUAAAGAUGUGACGAAAAAACCUGCACGGCAAAUGCUGAAGAAAUAUACGUCAAAUCGAGUUAGACCAGAAACAUCUAGUACGAGUCAGAAAAGGCAUGGUCUCCAUGGUGAUAGUGUUAGUGGCGAUGAACGAUCAAAACCAAAACAGUCGCCGUUCACUCUGUUUUGA